GGUCAGUAAUAUAGGAGCUAUACAUUCAGUCACUCUAUUGUUUAUUCCGUGUCAUCGGCAUCGAUGGAUGCUUUUACAAGUUACAUUACAUUUUUGUAAUGGAUUAAAGAUGGGUUGAAAAUUAAAUGAAAACAACGUAAACGGUGUGAAAAAGUGAAAUUAACAUCCCAACUAUAAGUUAAAAUGUGAUCAUGGCUACUCCAAUUACAGUGUUAGUCAUAACAUUUUGGCUUCGGUGCACAAUAGUGUAUGGUUACGACUUCAUAUCACAAUAUCCAAAUCAGCCUAAUGAGACAUACCAUUUUUAUCAUCUUGCCGUGGAUAGAGUCAGUGGUCAAGUAUACGCUGGUUCGUUAAACUGGAUUCACCAGUUAAGCCCUGACUUGAAACCAAUCCAUGUAAUAGGCACAGGUCCGAUUCUCGACAACCCAAUGUGUCAUGCAAGUGGCUGCCCAUCGUCAGAUAUAAAGACUGUUCGGACUGAUAACGUGAACAAGAUAUUAGUGAUAGAUCAAGAAUCUGGAAGAGUGAUUGCGUGCGGUUCCGUGGCCCAGGGAUCCUGUUCCAAGUACAAACUAGGAGAUCUGUCUGCGAAACCGGAGUUCGUUCCAGUCAGUGUGGCUGCUAAUGACGCUGAUGCCUCCACGUACGCGUUCAUCGGCCCUGAGAGGUAUAAUUCUUGGGACAGAUCCAAUGUGCUAUAUGUGGGAACCACAUUUACUAACAAUGGUGAGUACAGACAUGAUGUCCCUGCCAUAUCCAGCCGCGACCUGAUGACGCUCGACACCGCACAAUUAACGUUUAAUAAACAGAGUUCAAUACAAAUAGAUGUUAAAUACAGAGAUAACUUCUUAGUACAGUAUGUGUAUGGCUUUAAUGCUAGUGAUUAUGCCUAUUUUUUGAUAAUCCAGAAACAUUCACACCUAGCUGGUAAUGAAGAACUAGGGUAUGUUUCUCGCUUAGCCCGUACGUGUGUUAAUGAUGACAACUAUAAUAGCUACACAGAAGUCACUUUAGAGUGCCAUGUUCGAGAAGAAACUAUUAGUGGUAAGAGUGAAGUGGUCAAUUAUAAUUUAGUUCAAGAUGCUAAGAUUGCUAAGGCUGGUGCAAACUUAGCUGCGCAGCUGGGUAUUGAAACAGGUGACUCUAUUCUUAUAGCGGUUUUUAGUCCAUCAAAAAGUAUUUCUAACGAACCUAUGGCUAAGUCAGCUAUUUGUGUAUUUUCUUUGCAAGAAAUAGAAAUUAAGUUUAAUGAGAAUGUCCACAUGUGUUUUAAUGGCAGUACUAAAGCAAGAAACAUGGGCUAUAUAUCAGGCAUGAUAUCUGAUGGUAAAUGUCCUAGUGUUGGCUCCACAGGAAAUAUACUCAACUUUUGUGAAGUAGGUCUGAAAAUUAGUGGACUGUAUCCUAUCAAAACAAUGUCAGUCAUUAAUUGGAAUGAUACAUUAAUUAGUUCUGUGACUAUGUCUGUUACUGGAUUGCAUACUGUAGCAUUUCUAGGUACCAGUAAUGGUGUUUUGAAGAAGGUCCUUAUUGAUGCUGAUAAAGCUUUAGAAUAUUCAAGUGAAUCAAUUUUACCUGGUCAAAGAAUUCUACCAGACACAACCCUUUCCCCUUAUCAGAAAACUCUAUAUGUAUUGGCAAGGAAUUCCAUAGUGCAAAUACCAACUGAAAGAUGUGCAGAACAUGGCAAUUGUUCUUCUUGUCUAGAAUCAAAUGAUCCUCAUUGUGGAUGGUGUUCCUUAGAAAAGCGCUGCACAGUACAAAAUAUGUGUCAAAAAGGUACACAAAGUGCACCCAGGUGGUUAUCUCAAUACAUUGGCCAACAGUGCAUUGAUUUUGAACAGAUAUUACCUGACAGAAUAUCCAUGAAUGAAGUAACCACAGUGCAGCUUAUAAUUAGAACUUUACCAGAACUACCUUUUGGAGCAAAAUAUAAAUGUGUUUUUGGAAAUACACCUCCCAUAGAUGCUGCUGUUACAUCAAAUGGCCUUGCUUGUCCCACCCCAGAUGUAAAGCAUAGACCCAAAAUAACCCAAAACCAAGAUCAUGUGUAUGUGUCCCUUUCUGUGCACUCAUCAGAAACAAAUAAGGAUUUUGUUUCCAGGAACUUUGCUUUCUAUGACUGUUCUAAACAUACUACAUGCCACUCUUGCAUAUUGAGUGAAUGGGCCUGCAAUUGGUGUAUUUAUGAUAACAGGUGUACACAUGAUACAUCAGUUUGUCAAAGAACCAUCAUAAGUGGUGAAAAUAAUCCUACUAAACUGCUAAAUCAUGGUAUUGGACAUUGUCCUAGAAUAAGACAAUACAAGAAGCCUAUUUUGCUACCAAACAAUGUGCCUAAAGAAUUGGAACUUGAAGUUGAAAAUCUGCCUCACUUACAACCUGGUCACACAGGAUUUCAAUGUAUAGUCAGUAUUGAGCUGGCUAACAUGAUACUACCUGCAAGAGUUGAGUCUAAUCAUUACAUUGUGUGUGACAAAACAACCUACUCAUAUGAAGAAGAUGUUGGGGAAUACAAUGUCAGUGUUAAAAUUGUGUGGAAUCAUAAACAUUACAUUGAUACAAUCAACAUCACUCUAUACAAAUGUGAAAUUCUUGGAUCACAUAGAGAACAUGCAGAUUGUUCUUUGUGUAUAACUCGAAACUCUAUCUACAAGUGCACUUGGUGUGGCAACUCUUGUUCUUAUAGUGAAACUUGCUUGGAAAAUCCUGUUACUGAGUGUCCAAAACCAAGAAUUGAUAUGAUCAAACCCUUAAGUGGUCCUAUAGAGGGAGGAACUAUAGUCACUAUUGAAGGCAGUAAUCUGGGCUUAAGAGUUGAAGAAGUGUCUGGCAAAGUUCGUAUUGGUGAUGUUCUAUGUGAGAUUGUUGAUUUUGAAGUGUCCGUCAGCAUUACAUGUCGUACUGGACCCUCUAAUGGCUCUACUGUAGCACCUGUGAUAGUAGAAAAUGAUUCAGGCCAUACAGAAUCAUCUGUAUUGUUCAGUUAUAAAAACAUCAAACUUCAAGGUCUCUAUCCAACCCUGGGGCCAGUUGCGGGUGGCACUCAGCUAGCUAUAGGUGGGCAGCAUUUAAACAUAGGUUCAUCUAUCUCUGCCUAUCUGGAUGAACUUCCUUGUUAUGUUAACACAACUCAGACCUCAAAUAGUAGAUUAAUUUGUAUCACACCAAAAGCGGACGCGCCUAGAGUUAUCCACACAUUGACUGUUGGCAUAGAUAAUGCUAAUCGCACUUUGCAGGGGGAUUUAUUUAAUUAUACUGCUGACCCUACUAUAAUGGAGAUAAAACCGCUCAAAAGUUUCGUAUCCGGCGGAAGAAUGAUAACCGUUCAUGGGACGAAUUUACACACAAUUCAAAAACCUCUUAUGAAAUUAUAUUUUGCUAAUGAAGAGGUACCUGUGAACCACACAGAGUGCACUGUCCUCAAUGAACAUCAAAUGGAGUGUCCUAGUCCUGCAGUUAAUAAAAAAUAUUUUGAUAUUUUGCAAGCAACAAAAACUCAGACUAGUACUCCUCAAAUAGCUAUGAAAGUUGGAUUUGUUUUAGACAAUGUAGAAACAAUGCAUGAGAAGCACUUCAACCCCCCUAGGUCUCAUAUGCUUUUCGUUGAGGAUCCUUAUGUAUACCAAUUCCCCAAUAAGGGCGUAAAAUCUUACAAAGGAGAUCCACUGGUAAUAGAAGGUGAAAAUUUAAUAAGGGCAAGUGACGAAUCGGAUGUUAUUGUCACUAUCGGAACACAGCCUUGUAACGUUACAAGCCUUACAAUGCAACAACUUCUGUGCACGCCUCCUGAAAUACAACCUGCUAACACCGAUGAAAAUGGCGUACAAAUAUCAGAAAUUAAUUUACCUUUGGUUGUUGUAAAAGUUGGUAAAAAUUUGCGAUUCCCUAUUGGUUAUCUUCAUUACGAAUUACUUAGAAAUUAUAAUUUCCCCCCUGAAGUAAUCGCUGGCAUCGCUGGAGGAACUUUCUUUCUAGUGCUUAUAUUCAUGAUUGUGCUAGUUAUGUACAGACGUCGUAGUACAAAAGCUGAAAGAGAAUAUAAAAGGAUACAAAUUCAAAUGGAUACAUUAGAGAGUAAUGUUAGAUUAGAAUGUAAAUUGGCUUUUGCUGAAUUGCAAACUGAUAUGUCUGAUUUGGCAGCUGACUUGGAACACUCAGGUAUACCGACGCUAGAUCACGUUAACUACGUCAUGAAGGUAUUCUUCCCGGGAGUAUCAGACCAUCCUAUUCUGAAUGUCCAACGGCAAUUUAUUAACGCUCCGAGAACCAACUAUGAUGCAGCUAUGAUUCAAUUUGAGCAACUUUUGAAUAAUAAAUGUUUCCUUUUGUCAUUUAUAGACACAUUAGAGUCACAAAAGUCGUUUAACAUUCGGGACAAAGUCAACGUGGCUUCCUUGCUGAUGAUAAUACUCAUGGGGAAAAUGGAAUAUGCAACCGAUAUCUUAAAGUCUCUUUUAUUACGUCUCAUUGAUAAAUCGAUAUGCAAUAAGCAUCCUCAACUUAUGUUAAGAAGAACAGAAAGUGUGGUUGAAAAAAUGUUAACUAAUUGGAUGGCUCUCUGUAUGUAUUAUUACCUCAAAGACUACGCAGGAUCCUCGUUGUUUUUGCUUUUCAAAGCAAUAAAACAUCAAAUUGAAAAAGGAGUUGUUGAUGCCAUAACACACGAAGCGCGAUAUUCUUUAUCAGAGGAAAAGCUUUUGAAAGAACAGAUAGACCAUCAGACUAUAACAUUGCAUAUAGUUCAAGAUGAUUUUGAUGAAAAAGUUCAAUGCAAGGUUUUAGAUUGUGAUAGUAUUUCACAAGUGAAAUCUAAAAUAUUAGAUGCUCUGUUCAAAAAUACUCCGUUCUCUAUGAGACCCUCCGUCCAUGAAGUUGAUUUAGAAUGGAGACACGGAAGAGGAGGACAUGUUACACUUCAAGAUGAAGAUGUCACCACGAAGACGAUAAAUGGCUGGCGUAAGUUGAACACGUUAGCUCAUUACGGCGUAAAAGAAUCUGCUGUCAUGUCCUUAAUAUCGCGCCAGAAUGACAGUUUUAACACUCCAUACAAAAUACCUUGUAAGAAUUGUACAGGAAUUUACUGCUCCAAUUCCCACAUCAGAGUAUAUAACAGUGACAUCACAGACCAAAAUGUCCAUUACUAUCACUUGGUAAAACCAAUAGAGUAUCAGCAUAUUAUCAACAAGUCUUCAGAACAUAGUCACAAAGCCAUCCCAGAGAUAUUCCUUACGAGACUGUUGUCUACGAAGGGAACAGUCCACAAGUUCGUUGAUGACUUCUUCAGCACUAUCCUCACCGUUAACGAGGUUUUGCCACCAGCUGUCAAGUGGUUAUUUGAUCUCUUCGAUGACGCGGCUAGGACGCAUGGUAUCAUGAACCCUGAAGUCGUUCAUGCUUGGAAGUCAAAUAGCUUGCCUCUUAGAUUUUGGGUGAAUCUCAUAAAAAAUCCAGAUUUUAUAUUUGAUAUAAAUAAAACCGCAACUGUGGACUCCUCAUUAUCAGUUAUCGCGCAAACUUUUAUGGAUGCUUGUUCAUUAACAGAACAUCGAUUAUGUAAAGAUUCUCCUUCUAACAAAUUACUUUUUGCUAAAGACUUGCCUACGUAUAGGGAAAUGGUUAUAAGAUUUUAUCAAUCUGUAUCUCAAUUACCUCAAGUAACAGACCAAGAGCUAAGUACUUCUAUGCAACAACUCUCGGUGGAACAGUUGAAUGAGUUUGACACUCUGUCUGCCUUAAAAGAGUUGUACAUCUAUGUCAGUAAAUAUAGAGAACAAAUUAUAUUAGGACUAGAAAACAAAAUGCACUUAGCUCAUAAAUUAGAUAAUAUAGCGUGCACUAUGGAAGGAGAUCCCACAUCUAUAUGCUGACUAUAUGACACCAGUCACGAUUUGAUUGCAUUUACGUAAUUUAUUUAUAAUAAUACAUACUUUGUAAAAAGAAGCUUUAAUUUAUUCUGAAAAUACUCAGAUCUUACAAAAACUGAUAUGUAAAAAGACUGUAUAAUAUCAGUUUCAUAACUCUAGUUAGAAAUUAAAAAUAUUUUUUUCAGUGAAUCAUGACGGAAUACUUAAUAGCUAUGGACUUAUUUUUUGUCAAAGUACCUAUGUAGGUAAUAAGUAUUAAAAUAUCUUUUGUAAGUAUUAAGUGAAAUUAUUCUAACUAUAUUGGCAUCUUUUACUCAACAGCCAGCAUUACACUAUGGGACUUUUUGAACUUUUUUAUCAUUAAGUAUUCUUGUUAUUUUUCUAUCAAUUAUUAUAUGCAUUUCAAAUAAAUCUUUAUCUACAGUCUAAUAGAUUUUCUAAGGUCACUUUUAUGAAGUUCAUGCAUACUUGCAUCAUUUAUAUUUCAAAUAUUAUACAUACUCAAAAGUUCUUAUAGUCCCAUAAAACGUAACUUGGAAUAAUGUAAUGCAUUUAAUCUCCCAGUGGCCAUGCUAUUUUUAUAAUUUUUAAUAUAAAGCAAAUUAAUGCUCUCUUAUAGUAAUGACAUUAUAUGAUUUAAUAAGGAUGGUAACAUUGAUCUGGCACUGAAAAUUAUUUUCUAAUGUAAAUGUUCUUAUUUGUAUUUAUCUAAAUUACUUAACUAUUGAUGUGUAUUACGCUAAGAUAUAUGUGUAAAGAGAAAUAAGAAUUAAUUAAGGAAAAUGUUGUGAUAUUUGUAUUUGGAAUAUUGAUAGUAUUAAUUUAUCAUGUUGUAUACUUUUAUUUUAACCACAAUAACUCGCUGUCAAAAUAACAAACACUAAACAAGGACUAUAAGCACUUUCUGUAAGCAAUAACAGACCAUGCUCAUUCUUUUUAAUUACCUAUUUAGUGAUCUCAUUAUGUUUUUGCUCAACUAUCAUUUAUGUAUGUAUUGUCAAUUUGUGUAAUAAAGAUAAACCCCAGUUUAAUGUUUUCUACAAGUCUCAAAUGUAUUGUAAAAAUAUUGACAGUAAUUGUCGUAAUAUUCCAUUUACAGAAUAUGUUAAUAAUAGUAUUAGUUAGAUAUAAAACUUGCUAGAAUGUAAGGCAGCGUAAAUUCACCCGUCUUUGAAAUUUUAUAUUAUUGACUUAGAAAUAUACUUAUUUAUCAAUC